CCGACCCUACGAUGUGCUACCAAGUUUCGCCCGAACGAUGCACAAAUGCUUCAGCUGCACUGCGCCGGUGAAAGGAGACGAUAAUCACAUCAGCCAGCUUCAGGCUUCCAAUCGCCCGGCGAGGAAAUUGUGGCAAUCAGCCCACGAAGUUGUGCAAAAUGGAGGAGUUUCAGGAGAUGGAGAGAUUUGGUAUGGAUAACGAUUUCGAAGACGGACAAUGGAUUGGCGGCGAAUUCUAUUACUCGAAGCGCAAGGAGAAGCGCCACCAGACGAAAGACGAUGUCCUGUUCGGCGUGUUUGCCGGCAGCGAUUCCGAUUCGGAUUACGACGGGUCUUCCUCCAAGAAGCGUAGGAGGGAUCUUUCCAAGAAGCAGGACUUCACGAAACCCGUCAAUUUCGUCUCCACUGGGGCUGUGAUGCCGAAUCAGGAGAUUGAUCGCAAUUCCAAGGAGGAGAACGUUGAGGAUGAGGAUAGGUCGGGUUCUGGGCUUGGGUUUGCACAGUCGGGGUCAGGUAUCAGAUUCAAAAAUUCCAACAUUUCGGCGUCUAAGACGGAAGAGAUUCGAGAGGACAAUGGUGUAGCGGAGGAUGAUGAUGACGAUGAUUUUUUGCCAACUGCUUUUGGGAGGAAGAUUAAAGAGGGGGCACAGCAGCGCGAGAAAGAGCGGGAAAGAUUGAAAUUAGCUAAGAAGUCUCAGGGUGGAGGAAAGAGAGAACCAGAGCCUGGUGAUGUUGGGGGAUUUGAAAAGCAUACUAAAGGGAUUGGGAUGAAAUUGCUUGAGAAGAUGGGGUACAAAGGAGGUGGGCUUGGGAAGAAUAAGCAGGGUAUUGUCACUCCAAUUGAAGCUAGGUUGCGGCCAAAGAAUAUGGGGAUGGGUUUCAAUGAUUAUAAGGAGACAAAAUUGCCCACGUUGCAAGAAAUAGAGGAGAAAAAAUCGUUGCCUGCUGUGGCUCAGUCCAUGGGAGGUCGAGCGAAAGUGAAGCUCUGGUCGAAGCAAGCUCGGGCGAAGAAGAAUGACAAGUAUAUGACAGCUGAGGAGUUGUUGGCCAAAAAGCAAGAACAGGGUCUGGAAGUUGUUCAGAAGGUGUUUGAUAUGAGGGGACCACAGGUGCGAGUUUUAUCCAAUUUGGAAAACUUGAAUGCUGAAGAGAAAGCAAGAGAAAAUGAUAUACCGAUGCCUGAACUCCAACAUAAUGUGAGAUUAAUUGUUGAUUUGGCCGAGCUUGAUAUACAGAAAAUAGACAGGGAUUUGAGAAAUGAGAGGGAGAAUGUAGUGAGUUUGCAGAAGGAGAAGGAGAAGCUUCAAAGUGAGGCAGCUCAUCAGAAGAAGCAGUUGGAUAGUAUGGAAGAAAUAAUUGGUGUAUUGGAUCGUAUAGGUGAGGAGAAUUCACUAGGAACGCUGACAUUGGAGUCACUUGCAAAGUCUUUUGGUGACUUGCAGAGGAGAUACACAGAAGAUUACAAGCUCUGUAACUUGUCAUGUAUUGCAUGUGCCUUUGCAUUGCCUUUAUUUAUUAGAGUGUUUCAGGGAUGGAACCCACUCCAAAAUCCAUCACAUGGAUUAGAGUUGAUGUCUUUGUGGAAGAAUUUGUUGCAGGGAGAAGAUUGUUUUGAUUUCUCAGAUGCACUAUCAUCCUAUGCGCAGUUGGUUACAGAAGUUGUUUUACCUGCUGUGAGAAUAUCUGGCAUCAAUACUUGGGAGGCGAGGGACCCUGAACCAAUGCUUCGGUUUAUGGAGUUAUGGGAAAAGUUGCUUCCUCCUGCAGUUCUGCAGACCAUACUUGACAACAUUGUUAUGCCAAAGUUAUCACAUGCUGUAGAUUCAUGGGACCCACGUCGGGAAACUGUUCCAAUUCAUGUCUGGGUGCAUCCAUGGUUACCACUUUUGGGGCAGAAGUUGGACAGUUUAUAUUACACAAUUCGUUCCAAAUUGGGAAAUGUUCUUCAUGCUUGGCACCCAAGUGAUACAUCUGCUUAUGCUAUAUUGUCACCUUGGAAGACAGUGUUUGAUCCGCUGAGUUGGGAACAAUUCCUUGGCCGCCAUAUAGUUCCAAAAUUGACAUAUCUCCUACAGGAAUUUCAAAUAAACCCAGCAAAUCAGAAGCUUGAUCAGUUUUAUUGGGUCAUGUCUUGGGCCUCUGCUAUUCCAAUUCACCUAAUGGUGAAAAUGUUGGAGGAACAUUUUUUCAGCAAGUGGCAACAGGUUUUGUACCACUGGUUGUGUUCAAACCCAAACUUUGAAGAGGUUACUCAAUGGUAUUUAGGUUGGAAGGGACUUCUACCUCCAGAGCUGUUGGCUAAUGAACAUAUUCGGUAUCAGCUUAAUGUAGGCCUUGACAUGAUGAAUCAGGCUGUUGAAGGGAUGGAGGUAAUCCAGCCUGGUUUAAGAGAGAACCUCAGCUAUUUUAGGGCACUUGAGCAGAGGCAGUUUGAGGCUCAACAGAGAGCAGCAGCGCAUGCGCAGCAGCAAGCUGCUGCAAGCUUCAGUGGGGCAAGUCAGAUGGAUGGUAUGGGUGGUAGUCUUGAGAUGAGCUUGAAAGAAGUUAUUGAGGCUUAUGCACUACAGCAUGGAUUGCUAUUUAAACCAAAACCGGGCAGAAUGCAUAAUGGACAUCAGAUAUAUGGCUUUGGUAACAUAAGCAUAAUAAUGGACUCUUUGAAUCAAAAGCUCUUCGCCCAAACUGAGGAGAAGUGGUCUUUGGUAUCUCUUGAACGGUUGGUAGAGAUGCAUAACAAUUCUUUUGCAAAGAGAAACUGAGUUUUAGGGUGUUCUUUGAGUAGUUGUGUCUAAAUUGCAGAGCUAGUCUGGCUGAUAUUGUGUGGCAUUUUCAGUUGCAUAUAUUGCUGGAGUUAAGCAUAGGGCAUUAAUUACUCAAAUGUUAGCUUGUUUAAAACCUGCAGCUUGUCCAGGUGGAUGAGAAUUUUGUUGUAAGAAAUGAUAAAUGUAGUUUUUUUCUGUUGAUAUAAGCUUAAAUUUAGCAGUGUUUUACAGAGUA